UGCCGAGGGCCCGGCCCAGGCCCAGGGAGGGGCGGUGGUGUCCCGCACUUCCCGCUCGCCAGCCUCGGAGGCGGCUAGUCCCGGCGCGGGCGCAGCAGCUGCGGAGAGCGGGAAGAGGGGCGAAGAAGGAGCGGGGCGGGGACGCGGCCACCGCCCGCUCUGCGCCGCUCCUCUCCGUGCGAGUGGCGCUCCGGCCCGGCGUCGAGGCGGCCACGGCGACCCGGAGCGCGCUCCCCACCCACCCCGCCUGCUCCGCCCUCCCCUCCGCCCCGCGCCACCUUUGAUGGCUCGGACCUCAGCCGGCCGCCGCCUGCCUAGUUCGCGCGCCCUCCGCCCGCGGGGACCCCUCGCUCGCCGCCGCCGCCGCGCCCUCACCAGCCCUGCAGCCCGCAGCCCGCAGCACGCAGCCCGGACCCGGAGCCUCCGGAACCGCCGAGAUAUCAUAUAAGCUGCUUUCAUCAUGGGAGAAAUAGAACAGAAGCCCACCCCCGCAUCACGUCUGGGGGCCCCGGAGAAUUCGGGGAUCAGCACCUUGGAACGAGGACAGAAACCACCGCCCACACCUUCAGGAAAACUCAUGACCAUCAAAAUCCAGAUGCUGGAUGACACCCAGGAGACCUUUGAAGUUCCACAACGAGCUCCCGGGAAGGUGCUGCUGGACGCCGUGUGCAACCACCUCAAUCUUGUGGAGGGCGACUACUUCGGCCUGGAGUUCCCUGACCACAAAAAGAUCAUGGUGUGGCUGGACCUCCUGAAGCCCAUUGCAAAACAGAUCCGAAGGCCAAAGCAUGUUGUUCUUAAGUUUGUUGUGAAAUUCUUCCCACCUGACCACACACAACUCCAAGAGGAACUCACAAGGUACCUGUUCGCUCUGCAGGUGAAGCAGGACUUGGCUCAGGGCAGGCUGACAUGUAACGACACCAGCGCUGCCCUCCUGAUCUCACACAUCGUACAGUCCGAGAUUGGGGAUUUUGAUGAAGCCUUGGACAGAGAACACUUAGCAAAAAAUAAGUACGUACCCCAGCAGGAUGCGCUCGAGGACAGAAUCGUGGAGUUCCACCACGGGCACAUUGGACAAACCCCGGCAGAGUCAGAUUUCCAGCUCCUGGAGGUGGCCCGUCGGCUGGAGAUGUACGGAAUCCGGUUGCACCCUGCCAAGGACAGGGAAGGCACCAAGAUCAACCUUGCUGUCGCCAACACGGGAAUUCUAGUGUUUCAGGGUUUCACGAAAAUCAAUGCUUUUAACUGGGCCAAGGUGCGGAAACUGAGCUUCAAGAGGAAGCGCUUUCUUAUCAAGCUCCGACCGGAUGUGAACAGCUCAUACCAAGACACCCUGGAAUUCCUGAUGGCCGGCCGAGACUUCUGCAAGGCCUUCUGGAAAAUCUGUGUGGAGCAUCACGCCUUUUUUAGACUCUUUGAAGAACCCAAGCCGAAACCAAAGCCAGUUCUCUUCAGCCGAGGGUCGUCGUUCCGGUUCAGUGGUCGGACUCAGAAGCAAGUUCUCGACUAUGUUAAAGAAGGAGGCCACAAGAAGGUGCAGUUUGAAAGAAAACACAGCAAGAUCCAUUCCACCAGGAGCCUUUCUUCACAGCCCACAGCAUCAAACUCAGAAGUGCCAAAACAGUCUCCACAGAACGCCAGCCUUACAUUUGGAGAAGGGUCUGAGUCUCCCGGCAGCCAGAGCUGCCAGCAAGCCAAGGAAGCGAAAGUCUCUACCUUGGAGUCGGGUCCACACCAAAGCCCCGCUCCUCCGUCCAAGAGCUCUCCGGGGAGCAGAGCUGCAGACGGAACCGCCGUGGUGCCGCCUGAGGAAGAGGAAGAGGAGGAGGGUGGCAAGGAGGGCGCCCAGCCAAGUCAACGUCAGCCCCCACAGCCAAGCACAGGCUCCCUGACUGGCAGUCCUCACCUUUCAGAACUGUCCAUCAACUCACAGGGAGGAGUUGCCCCGACCAACACGACCUUGUCUCCCAACCUGAGUCCCGACACCAAGCAGGCCUCCCCCUUGGUCAGCCCGCUCCUGAAUGACCAAGCGUGUCCGAGGACCGAUGACGAGGAAGAGGGCCGGCGAAAGAGAUUCCCGACCGACAAGGCCUACUUCAUUGCUAAGGAAGUGUCCACCACUGAGCGAACGUACCUGAAGGACCUCGAGGUCAUCGCUUCGUGGUUUCAGAGCACGGUCAGCAAAGACGACUCCAUGCCUGAAGCCUUGAAAAGUCUCAUUUUCCCGAAUUUUGAACCUUUGCACAAGUUUCAUACCAAUUUUCUCAAGGAAAUCGAGCAGCGACUUGCCCUGUGGGAAGGCCGCUCAAAUGCCCACAUCAGAGGAGAUUACCAAAGAAUCGGGGAUGUCAUGCUUAAGAACAUCCAGGGCAUGAAGCACCUGGCAGCCCACCUGUGGAAGCACAGUGAAGCCUUGGAGGCGCUGGAGACGUCCAUCAAGGGCUCCCGGCGGCUGGAGCAUUUCUGCCGAGACUUCGAGCUGCAGAAGGUGUGUUACCUGCCACUCAACACAUUCCUCCUGCGCCCGCUGCACCGGCUCAUGCACUACAAGCAGGUCCUGGAGCGGCUCUGCAAGCACCACCCUCCGAGCCACGCUGACUUUAGGGACUGCCGAGCUGCGCUGGCAGAGAUCACAGAGAUGGUGGCACAAUUGCACGGGACAAUGAUCAAGAUGGAGAACUUCCAGAAGCUGCACGAGCUCAAGAAAGAUUUGAUUGGCAUCGACAAUCUUGUGAUCCCAGGAAGGGAGUUCAUCCGCCUGGGCAGCCUCAGCAAGCUCUCCGGGAAGGGGCUCCAGCAACGAAUGUUCUUUCUGUUCAACGAUGUCCUGCUGUACACCAGCCGGGGGCUAACAGCAUCCAAUCAGUUUAAAGUCCAUGGGCAGCUUCCGCUGUACGGGAUGACGAUCGAGGAGAGCGAAGAGGAGUGGGGCGUGCCCCACUGCCUGACCCUCCGCGGCCAGCGGCAGUCCAUCAUCGUGGCCGCCAGUUCCCGGUCGGAGAUGGAAAAGUGGACGGAGGACAUCCAGAUGGCCAUUGCCCUGGCAGAGAAAAGCAGUGGGCCCACCCCUGAGCUCCUGGCUAGCAGUCCCCCUGACAACAAGUCCCCAGAUGAGGCCACAGCGGCUGACCAGGAGUCCGAGGAUGAUCUGAGCGCCUCACGGACCUCACUGGAGCGCCAGGCUCCUCACCGUGGCAACACGAUGGUGCACGUGUGCUGGCACCGCAACACCAGCGUCUCCAUGGUGGACUUCAGCAUCGCGGUGGAGAACCAGCUGUCUGGGAACUUGCUGAGGAAGUUCAAGAACAGCAAUGGAUGGCAGAAGCUGUGGGUCGUGUUCACCAACUUCUGCCUGUUCUUCUACAAAUCACACCAAGACAAUCACCCCCUCGCCAGCCUGCCUCUGCUGGGCUACUCACUAACCAUCCCCUCAGAAUCUGAGAACAUUCACAAGGACUAUGUGUUUAAGCUGCACUUCAAGUCCCACGUGUACUACUUCAGGGCUGAAAGCGAAUACACGUUCGAGAGGUGGAUGGAAGUCAUACGAAGUGCUACCAGCUCAGCCUCCCGGGCCCACAUCCUGAGUCACAAAGAAUCUCACCUGUACUGAUGGCUGGACACACUGGCUGUUCCAGCCACGGCUGCUCUCUUGGGAGAUAUAAGGAAGCCUAGCGAAAUCCACACCGGUCUGAACACACUGAAGAUGCGCAGUGGCUCCCGCCCACCUCCCUCCACAGGCCUCUCUCCACACCUGUCUUCUCCAGUACUAAUCUCUCCUGCAGCUGUCUUUCCCCUCCAGGCCUAGGGAUGGGAGGGCUUGUCUUGCCAUUCUCGUGGGGCGCUUUAGCUUGUGCCAGUAUUGAUAUUGUCAUCAAGAGUGCCAAAUGACCAUCUUUGCUCUGCAGGUGCACCCCAGGGCAGGGCCCACGCAUCCGUUCACCUGAGACACAGUGCGCUUUCUUUUCCUAGGGAAGGGUCGCGUUGUCUUUCACCUGCGGACUGCUAUUUUCCAGAAUGGAUUUUUCCAGUGUCUAUAACACAUGGCGCAGUCUUUAAGCAAAUGAGAUCAUUUUCGGAUUUCAUUUCUUUUCCAGUCUUUCUACUUUUAUAAUAAUAGGACGCUGGUAGGACUCACUUUCCUCGACUAAUAAGCAAUGGUGGUGCACUCCAUUCCACCGAGGGGUCUGGCUCCAGGGAAACCUGGUUACCAGACCCAUUUUCUUGGUGGAAGCUGACCAAAUUGUUUGUGAUUCCUAUUUACAAACUGUAGUGGGGUUGUUUUCUGUUAAGAGAAGUGGAUUUCCAGUGCAAUACCUGGGCGUCACUGUCCGUGCGUGGUGUGUACAGUGGGGGCUCUUAGGCUGUGAUGUUUUCCUGUCUGUUUCACAAGCAUGAGAAGCUGUAUGUUGUUGACCGGGGCCAUUUGUGCUGUUACGUUAUGGGGCGUUGAGUGAGCUUCCCGGAGAAGCAUUGUAUGGUCAUGGUACUUAGUCCCAGCCCUGGUGACUGGACCCAGUUCCUCCUGAUGCCAUGGGUUGAACCUGCACACUCUCUAGUAGUCUCUUACGGUGCCUGUCUUCAAGUCUUUCCUUCUAUACUCAUUCCUUCUGGGCAUGGGGUACGGACAGGAGGACAGCCCACGUCCUGUACAGACUCCUCUGGGGACCUGGCUGCCAAACACUACCUAAGCCUCCCAGUGGAAAACUUUGCCUGUUCCCUAGGGUGACUGGGUGGCUGCCAUUCCCUUCAUGCAGAGCCUUCUACAGUGCAAGCUGGCCAGAUCAGCACAGUCCUCACCUGGUGCCCUGCAUCCCAGAAGCAGACCCCCCCAAAGUCAAGGGGCUGUGGCUAGUGUCCAUGACUCACGAUGGAUGAGGAGUGAGAUGUGUUAAUCAUUUGCCUUACAAUGUACCAGAUGGUUCUAAGUACUAACAAAAGGGAAUAAAAAUACCUCAUGCCACAAUCCAGCACACGAAAGUCUGAAGG